AUGGUAACUGGUGGGAUGGCGGAGAACAAGAGAAACCCCGAUGAAGUCGUUGUUAUAAUCUCUGGAGAUGAAGACAAUUCUAAGAAUAAAAUAUCACUUGAUUCACCUUUAGCUUCACAAAAUUCCACUAGUACAAGCAUCACUAAAUUACAUCCCAAAAUUCCAACAAAUGAAACUCUUACAAGGAGGAAAUCACUUGCAAGGUCAGUCUACUCCAAGCCCAAAUCAAGAUUUGGUGAACAAUCUUUGGCUAUUGAUGGUAGCUUGUUUGACGAACUAGCUGAACAACAAACUACAGCGUCUCCUGAUGGAAAUAAUGCUUCUUCUAGUGCAAAAGUGAUGAGUCCCAAUGGGAUAUCUUUGAAAGAAACAACAACGACAACGCCAUUAAUGGCAUCACCGGGAGGAGUGGAUGAACAUGAAGAGAUCUAUAAGAAAGUCAACACAAGAAAUAAAAUGAAGUAUAAAAAAGUAAAAUUAAAAGUUUUUGUUGAAUGGUUGGUAUUUUGUCUCCUACUAGGGUGUUUGAUUGCUAGCUUAUUGGUUCAUAAGCUGCAACGUUUGACAAUGUGGGAUUUGGAGAUCUGGAAGUGGAUUGUGCUUGUUAUGGUCACAUUUAGUGGCAUGCUCGUCACAAAGUGGUUCAUUCAUUUCAUUGUCUUGUUGAUUGAAUUGAACUUUUUGUUGAGGAAGAAGGUCUUAUAUUUUGUUUUUGGUUUGAAGAAGAGUGUUCAGGUUACUAUUUGGUUGAGUUUGGUUCUUCUAACUUGGGUUCUGCUCUUUGCAAAUGGGGUCAAACGGUCACAAAUUACAAACAAGAUCAUCAAUUACAUUACUUGGACUAUUGCUUCGUUGCUUGUCGGUGCAUAUUUAUGGCUUUUUAAGACUUUUAUGCUAAAAGUUUUGGCAUCCUCCUUCCAUGUAAACACAUUCUUUGACAGGAUUCAACGAGCUAUUUUUCAUCAAUAUAUUCUGUUGACACUAUCUGGUCCCCCAAUUAUGGAUUCUACUCAGAUGUUGGGAAGAUCAAAUAGUUCUGCCAGUCAACUUAGCUUGUGCAGAACAAAGAAGGGAAAAGAUGGCAAGGCAAAGAAGGAAAAAAAGGAAAAGAUUGAUAUAAAUAAGCUUCACCAGAUGAAGCGGGAGAAGGUCUCUGCAUGGACCAUGAAAACAUUAAUUGAUGUAAUAUCUAAUUCAGGACUGUCCACCAUCUCUGGCUCUAUCGGUGAUACAGAUUAUGAUAGAGAUAAUGAACAAGCAGAUAAAGAAAUCAACAAUGAGGAGGAAGCGAUUGCUGCUGCUGUUCACAUAUUUAAGAAUGUUGCUCAACCUGGUUCCAAGUUCAUUGAUGAAUAUGAUCUUAGGAGAUUCAUGAUUAAAGAAGAGGUGGAUAUUGUGCUCCCCCUGAUAGAUGUGGCUGACACUGGACAGAUCGAUAGGAAAGCUUUGACAGAAUGGGUGGUUAAAGUAUUUCAAGGACGUAAAGCUCUGUCACAUGCUUUGAACGAUACAAAAACCGCAGUGAGGCAAUUGAACAAAAUAGUGACAGGAAUUCUGAUUGUCAUAAUAAUUAUAAUAUGGCUCCUUUUGGUGGGAAUAGCGACAACUAAAGUGAUAUUGUUUUUGUCUUCACAACUUGUGGUAGCUAGUUUUUUGUUUGGGAAUACUUGCAAGUGUAUAUUUGAAGGUAUUGUGUUUGUAUUUGUGAUGCAUCCUUUUGAUGUUGGAGAUCGAUGUGUCGUUGAUGGCAUUCAGAUGACAGUUGAAGAAAUGAAUAUCUUAACAACAGUUUUCUUGAAGUUUGAUAACGAAAAGUUAUAUUACCCAAAUUCAGUCUUGGCCACCAAGCCAAUCAGCAACUUCUACAGAAGUCCUGAUAUGAGUGAUUCCUUCGAGUUCUCCAUUGAUUUCAGGACACGUCUUGAGAAGAUAGGAUCUUUAAAAGAAAAAAUAAAGAAGUAUUUAGAGAGAACAUCCCAGUACUGGCAUCCUAAUCACAAUGUCGUGGUAAAGGAUAUUGAAAAUUUGAACAAGAUAAAGAUGGUAUUGUUUUUCAAUCAUACUAUGAACUUUCAGAACUUUGGAGAGAAGAUUCGACGGAGAACUGAACUGAUCCUGGAGAUGAAGAAACUGUUUGAAGAGCUAAAUAUAAAAUAUGAUCCUCUUACUCAGGAAGUUCAUCUUGUUGAAUCAAAGUAA